UCUACAUCAGUGCAUUUGGCUGAGUGGCAGUGGGUGACGAGUGUGUGCUGUGUGUGUCUGUGUGAGUAACAGAAUCCUAGAGGCAUACAGCAGCAGCAGCACUGAAGAACAAGCAUCUCAAAGCACAGAGAACAAAACGAAAUGAAAAGAACUGAAAUGUGAGCUCCAGGAAAGAUGAGGCAUACAACUGAAGCCUAACAGCCGGUGUCUUUUGUUUACAAGGAAGGAAAGAGAGAUUGUUGUUUUGCAAGGUAUCUCUGAAGCAUGAGGGAUAUUUUGCUUGGAAUUACAGCACUGCAGUAGAGAAAAGGAAUCCCUCCCAUCCUUCUCCCUUUCCCACCCACCACCUUUAAAUGUAUGACCCUGCCCACCGCACCCUUUUUGGACUAUCUGUAUUCUAGUUGCCCACAAGUCUCUAUGUUCUGAAGGAAGAAAAAAAUAACCUAAUCUCAGAAGAAAAGCACCAAGAUCCAAGAUGAAUUACCUUAGGCGUCGCCUGUCUGAUAGUAACUUCAUGGCCAACCUACCUAAUGGCUACAUGACGGAUCUACAGCGGCCAGAACCUGCCCAGCCCAGCCCAGCAGUCUCACCAGGCCCUGAGCGUCGAGCUGUUAGCCAGACUUCAAGCUCAGGUGGCUUCUUCAGCUCCAUCUCCAAUGCCGUGAAGCAGACAACUGCUGCAGCUGCUGCCACAUUUAGUGAGCAAGUGUCCAGUGGUCCAGCAAAGGUAAAGCUGUUAUUGGUCAUCGACGAUCAGCACACUGACUGGGCCAAAUACUUCAAGGGAAAGAAGGUUCAUGGUGAAUUUGACAUCAAAGUUGAGCAGGCUGAAUUUUCUGAACUCAAUGUUGUGGCACAUGCAACAGGCAGCUAUUCUGUGGACAUGGAUGCAAUCCGGAAUGGGGUGAAAGUUGUGAAGUCCUUCAAGCCUGAUUUUGUCUUGAUCCGGCAGCACGCUUUUAGUAUGGCAAGGAAUGGAGACUACCGGAACAUUGUGAUUGGACUUCAGUAUGCUGGAGUGCCCAGUGUCAACUCCCUCCACUCUGUCUAUAACUUCUGUGACAAGCCCUGGGUGUUCAGCCAGUUGACAAAGUUGUACAAGAAGUUGGGCCCAGAAGAAUUUCCUUUGAUUGAUCAGACAUAUUACCCAAACUACAAGGAAAUGACUAUAGACACUGGAAGCAGAAUACAAGAAGAAAGUUUGUGGACAAUGGGCGAGGAUGAAUAUGAAAUGUAUCACAGAGAGCUUACCACUCCAAAGUUUCCUGUGGUAAUAAAAAUGGGGCACGCCCAUUCUGGCAUGGGGAAGGUGAAAGUAGAAAACCAUUAUGAUUUCCAGGACAUUGCCAGUGUUGUGGCGUUGACUCAGACUUAUGCUACAUCAGAACCUUUCAUUGAUGCUAAGUAUGAUCUCCGCAUCCAGAGGAUUGGCAACAACUACAAGGCCUACAUGAGAACCUCCAUUUCUGGUAACUGGAAAACAAACACUGGAUCUUCCAUGCUGGAGCAGAUCGCAAUGACGGACAGGUAUAAAAUGUGGGUUGAUUCCUGCUCUGAUAUUUUUGGAGGCCUUGACAUGUGUGGAGUAGAAGUGAUCCACGGAAAAGAUGGACUUGAUCACAUAAUUGAGGUGAUUGACUGCUCAAUGCCACUGCUUGGUGAGCAUCAGGAUGAAGACCGUCAGCUGAUUGUAGACCUCGCUGUCAACAAAAUGAACCAAGUACUCCCUCGAACUCCAAUUCCAUCACCAGUGCGACCAACUGCAGGCAUAUCCCCUCAGCCCCAACAACAGCCACAAACUCAGCAACAGCAACAGCAACAGGCUCCAGCAGGACCGGCACCACCACAAGGGAGACCAAGCCAAAGUCCUUCAUCCCAACAAGGGCCACCUGCACAGUAUCGUCCCCCACCACAAGGUGGUCCAACUCAGCAACCACAAGGACCCCAGCCUCAGCGUCAAGGACCACCAUCUCAGCAGAGACCUUCUCCACAGGGUCAGCAAAUCCAAGGUUUAAGCCCACAACCAGGGGGCCCAACACUACAACAGCAGCGCCUUCCCAGCCCAACCAGCCAGCAGCCACCAAUACAGCAACAACAGCAGCAGCGACAGCCAGGUAGUGGUGGGCAAACUCCACCACUGCAACGUCAAACAGGCCCUGGAUCCCAGCAGCAGCCAAGGCAGCAAGGACCCCCAUCUGGCCAACAAUCUCCACAACAACAGCGACAAGCAAGCCCCAGUGAACGACAUUCACCCCAAAUGCAACGGCACCCUGGGCCAGGUCCGCAGCAACAGCAGCAACAACAGCAAAGGCAGCCCGGGCAACCUAUGCAACAGCAGCAAUCAAAACCUUCAGGUCCUGGUGGUCCUCCACCCCAACAGCAGCGGCCCUCUAGUACAGGAGGAUCAUCUGCCACACAGCAGAGGCAGUCUGGCCCUGGAAGCCAACAGCCUCCACAGCAGCAACAAAGGCAAGCGGGUCCUGGAAGUCAACAAUCGCAGCAGCCAAGACAACCUGGCCAAGGAGGCCAGCAGGCACCACAGCAGAGGCAGGUGGCUCCAGGGGCACAACAGCAGCCACCAGCACAGCAGCCCCAACAGCGUCCAUCGGGCCAGCAGCAGAGGCAGAUGCCAGCAGCCACAACUCAGCAGCCCAGGCCCAGCACCCAGGGUCAAGGCCCAGUAGGUCCUGGACAGAUGCAGGGUAGACCACCUGUCCAGCAGAAGCCUCAAGUAGCACAGAAACCAAGCCAAGAUCAACCAGCUCCACAACCACAGCUGAACAAAUCAAAGUCUCUGACCAACACCUUCAACAUUCCAGACACUUCAGUUCCUCGGCAAAGUCUUAGCCAAGAUGAGGUGAAAGCAGAGACCAUUCGCAACCUGAGGAAAUCAUUUGCCAGCCUCUUUUCUGACUAAAAUGACCAGUGGCAGUUCCAUGAAUUACAGUGCAAUCCAAAACCCUUUUCUCCUAACUAUAAGCCUUUCUACCCACAAAACUUCCCUUUAAAACUGCGGCUGGUCAUAUUUGUAUAUAAUCCAUAUCCCAUUGUUAACAAUGAAGAGUGACCACCACGUGCAGCAAUAGUGUGUCUGAAAGGGAUCGCAUGCAUACCUAUUAAGCCCCCAUCCUAACAGUUUUACCUUUAGCCUGGGCAUUUGUAUGCACCAAAUAAAACACUCCUCUGCCAUCCCUAGAAAUCUUUCUGUAGCAUGUGUGCCACGUACAGUUGUGUGAAUUUGUAUUGGUGGAAAUGAUAUGUUGUGAGUGUCAAAUGAAAUUGGCUUGCUUCACUUUAUUUUUUUAAUCCAAGAGAAUAGAAGAAUCUCUACUGCCUAAGCUAUUCUACAUUUGAUAGUGCAAGUAAGUGAGUAACAGCUUAACUUUCAUCUUGGCUAGCACUUUAGUUGUCAUUUAGAACAGUCACUUUCACUCAAGAGUUCCAAAGCAUAGUCUGAAAAGCUACCCUAAUUAAUGCUAGGUCUUAGCACCAGGCCAUAGCAGGCUCUUUCCAUUCACAACACAGCACUUACAGCAGCUGCACGUGACUUAAAACAUAGCUUUAAUCUUUGAUUGCCACUGUAUCCCAAUAACAUUAGCCCUCAGGAGCAGUUUUAAGGUUAGGCAAUCUUAGUGGUCACAUAGGUUGCCCACAAUUGGGGUGGGGGCACACGUUUUCCAAGACAAGUGCAGAAGCAUGGAAAACACUCACCUACAAUGAGGAAAAUGGAUGUAAACUUACCUAGAGCUCUAUACAUUCAAAGGCCAGUGCUAUAUGCUGCCUUUCCCUUGUAACCUAGGUUACAGCUUCUCUCAACUGGAGUUCUUGAACCUGCUGUAUUUCAAGCAAUCAAGCCCUUACUUGCUAAAUGUCUGUGCCUCAGCAGUCAUGUUACCAGCCACUGCUCAAAUAUAGGCAUGUCUCAGAAUCCUUAUUAAGUUUCAUUAUUGUAAUGAAUGAAUGAAUGAUAUAUACUUAUCAAGAGGAACAGAGACAAACAAAUGAUAUUACUGGGGCUUCUGUUGAGUUGAGUAGAUCUGAAAAUAACUGAUAAGGUAGACAGACAGAGGGCUACAUGCACUCAGCUGAAGUGUGUAAAGGCAGAAUGGGCAUUCAGUCACCUAGGCGCAUAUUAAAUAAAUGUCAGGCACCUACAGCUCUGUGAUAAUAACAUUGUAUGCAAAUGUUGGGCAGGGGUUCAUGAAAUGUAUUACUUAUAUCACCCAUAACUGCUUAAGUCCAUGAGUGGAAAUGGAAAAUCUGCAUGGUCCUAGCCAUAAAUAAUUUAUAUAUAGAUAUAGAUAUAUACUGUAUAUAUAAGUUAGGAGAGUAGUCAGAAAGAUUUAUAAGAACUCAACAUUUAAUGCAUUUGUGCCUCAGUUUGGGUGACAUCUACUACCCUCCCCUCAGUUUAUAACAAAUAUCUCAAUGCUUUUGUGUUCUCAGAGUAUGAAUAGAAAGAAAUGUUAAGAAAGUAUCUGUCAAAAGUAGCUUUCCUUUCAGUAAUAUAGACUGUAACUUCCAAAUGGAGCUGCUCUCCCUACUUCUGUACUAUGCAAACAAAGUUAAGCGUAAGCUACUUCAAGAAAGAAACACUGGAACACAGAUACAUGUUUACAAGAGCAGGUAUGAGUGUUUAAAGAACAUUACAGAUUAGUUCACAUAUUGUUGUUACUGUUGUACAUUCAUUUCUUUAUAUAGUGGAAUGAAAAAUGCAUAAUUGUAAUCUGUUUUUGAAUUCAUGUUACCAGAAAACUAUUUUAGUCAAAGCCACAUUGCUUGUCACACUUCAAACAGUUCAACAAGCAGCAAGUCAAAUAUUUAAAUCAAUACUGAAGGCAAUAUCACUACCACUUUUCAAUGGAUGAUGGUAUACUGGUUUAUUAAUGUCUUGUAGUUUCAAAAAGGAAAUGGCAAAUCAUACCUUUAAUAUGCCAUUGUGGAAAGGACCUAAGAUCAAUAUGCAGCAUUUAGGUGUUUAAAAGAGAAAAGAGAAGAAAUAAUAGGUUUUGAGUCUAAUAUUUGAGAUGUCAGUGAAAAUGUUACUAGCUAUAUAUUCUGCUUACAUACAACUGAUAACAGGACAAAAUCCAUAUCCAAAAAUUGCAGUGUCAAUCAAAUAAUUCUUGAAUAAAGAUGUAAUCAUGGGUUAUCAAAAAGAGUAUCAGCAAAGGGAAUAUUCAAUUAUGGAUAUAUUUGAGUGUUUUUUUAAUGAAGACACAUUUUCAUUGCUUGCACAUUACGUCAAACAUGUUUCAAUGAUAAUCCUCCUUAUGAAAGUUAAGGUUAUGCAUCUAGGACCCAACAUUGGGCUAGAAUACAUAUUAGCUUAUACAGCUGAUAAUUUAAACAUUUUAAGACACCGAGUACCAUUGUACAGACAUGAAUCACGCUCAAAGAUGGCAAUGAUUAAGUUAGAGGAUGAAAACCAAAGCGUUUGUCAUUUGGAAGAGGUAAUAUUCUCUUUUUAAGGAUGGUAUGACGCUUGCGGAAGAGGAAUCUGUAGUACAACAACUGGCAAAAAGGGAAGGGAGGUAGAUUUAUCCACUGAGAAUAGGGUGUGUGCUAGACAUAAUCAAAGCCCAUGGGUAUCUCUGUUAGGGGGAAUCACGUGUAAGGUGUACAAAAGUAAUAUUUGUGACAAAAAAAAUUAAUUCUCGUGUCUGUUAAAUAUUGUAGAAUGUUACUGUGACACUCUAAAUAUGGCAUCUUGCUGUCUUGUUUUUGUUUUUUUUUCCCAUGGGGAGGUCACAUUACUUCAAGCCAUUAUAUCUAUAGAAACUGCUUAAUUUUGUUUAUGCACUAUGUUUAAAACCUACAAGGACUCGACAAAACAAGCAAAAAUGUAAGUCUCAGCUAUUACAGUGGAUACUACUCUGUGUUCUGAUGACAUCUGCUCAUUUAUUACAUGAUGUAGAUGUUUUCACACCUAAGUAUAAAUCCAAGCUUGAAAACACUUGCAGUGCAGACUUCUCAGCUGUGCCCUCAUGUCAGCCUUGUAAAUGCUAUUGCCUCCCUUCUUACAACAGUCCAUUCUGUCAUAUGAAUAUAUAGAUCAAAGCAAAAGAAAAAAAAAAGCAGGGUCCACUACUCCAGCUGUGAAACACAGAAAGCACUUCCAGUCUGCCUGUCCAGUCAGCCAAUACCACCUUUGUGUAAGCCAUGUCUUUGACUUCUUGCCCUGGUUCCUAUUUCUUUAUCUCGUUCCUUAUUAUGUUGUUACUUUCUAAUUCAUUCUAACUUCUCAUUCCUGAAUUAUUGAUGUACAUCUUAAAAGAUGAUAUGCAGUGUAUGCUAUCAAAAAGCUUCAAAGAGAAAUAUUUUAAUAACAAACUGUGUAUUUAGCAGAACGUUGUGCUCCACAUUAUCUAUCACAGAUAAAUGAAUGAAAACAAAGCAUUCAGCUGUCCAGUGUAUUCUAAAAAUGGACUACUAUCUAAAAAGUAAUUAAGCACUGCAGCAAUAAAAUAUUUUAUGAAACAAUUUCUCAAAACAAUGAGCUUUAAUAAUGAUACCCAAUAAUUCCUGCUGCUCAGUUAACAAACAUAAUCUAACUACAUGUAGGCAUUUAUUUCUGAAAGACCCAUCUGCUUGUCAUGAGUCUAUUCAGAUAAUACUGGUCCCAUCCUAGGAAGAGUGAGCUUGUGUCGAGUAACUAGGAAUGCAGGGUGGUAAAGUCCUCAUAUAUCAUACCUUCAAAGAAAGACUCUUACUCAGAAGGAUGUCACUUACUGUCCUGUUUUUCAAAUUAACCCCAAGUUUGUACAACGUGACUACAUUAAACUUUAAGGAGAGGUAGAUCAACCAUAUACUAGUCAAACUUUUAAAAAACUAAAAAAUGUUGAAGUGAAACGCAUUAAUUACAGACCCUGUAAAGGCAGUUAGGCAUGUUGACAUAUAUAGAAAUGAGAUCACAGAAUAUGUCAUUUUCAAGGUUGUUUAUCAUGAAUAUUAAUAAAUUUAGACUGGACACUGAGACAGCCAAAUCAGUUUCAGCAAAUAAAAUAGGAGUAGUAAUUAUUUAAAUCCUGAGAGACGUAAUGAAGAUGCAACUCACACAUGGUUUGGAGGGACUGGCAUAUUUCACAGAGCAUAACACUGCUGUGGAACAGACUCCCCCCCCUCCAGCCACAUAAAAAAGUUUAUCCCUGUCCAUCUUCAAGUGUAACUUAGAUCUACGGAUGCAAAACAGAAACGUUACUCCAGGACUGCCUGUUGUACUACUAAUGGACAGAGGCAGCUCCUAAAUGCAUUAUCCCAUGCAUGCAACCUUUCAAAUUAUCUAUGACAUGAUCCCAGUUAUUCUCAUUAGGGGGUAUUAUAUAAUUAUCGACCAUGGGAUGGGUAAGGCCAAUCUAUAACCAAAUGGGAUAGGUUAUUUUGAGCACACAAAAAAAUGAAGUUGGCUUGGUUUAAAAAGACCCACAGGGGCAGCUAGCCUAGUACUUGCCUAUGAACCUCAGCUAGUUAACUCUUUAAAACAACUUCAGUGGUAUUAUAUAAAAUAAAGGGGGAAUGCUGUUGGGAGUAAUAAGAAUACAACUUAUGCCACAGCUAGUUAAGACAUUCAGACCGUCUCAGCACAAUAUAUUAUAAAAGCAGAUUGCUGGUUUGUUUUUUUCUGUAGCUUCUUAUGUAUGAUUAAAAAAAACUCUUGUGAUGUGUGUCUGAUCAUUGGCUCAACCAGGGAGCUUAGCUGUAUUUCAAAUUUCCUGAUUUUUCUUGUCCAAACCUUUGGCACCAAAACAAAAUGUUUGUAAUAUAGUGAUGCUCAGAACAUAGCAAACUCUUGAACUCUAGACUCUCUUACAUUUACAGAUGGAUUUUUUUAGACGUAAACUAAUUAAAUAUACUUUUAUUUAACUGUUGAAGUAUUGCACAUCCUUAUAAUAUAUACCAUAGACACAGCUCUGCCACUUAAUAAACUAAAAGAUAAGCUAAACAAAGGACAAUGCUGUGCUAUGCAAUUUUAAAAGGUAUGAGCAAUAAAAAUAAUCCUGAGAAAUUAUAAUGAAUUAGAGAAACCUCUAAUGAUUGUCUUUGUCUUACAGGUAUAAAAUCCCAAAUGAUUUCCUACUGCCCUCUAUAUGGAGAAAUGUUUUCCUGAUUGGCUGACCAGGCUGAAGUCAACAGGUCCCUGUUUGGACUGUUGGCAAGAUCAGAGCCCUUCCAAAUGAAAGGGAAUUUUUGUAAACAGAUCCUUUAUAAGGCUGACAUUUUAUGACCUUCCCUUUUUCUUUAAGUAAUUCUGGUGGUCCAUAAUCCCUGAGUGUGCAGUAUAUAGUGUGACGCAGUGUCCUGCUGUGUGGAAUGUAGUGUGCUGUUUGAGGCUUGCCUUUUGUCACCUUCUUCUCAUUAGACUUGUGAACCGUACUUUGCAGAUUGUGGUGGUGCAGUAUGUAAUCAAUGAAAUCUCUGUAUUUACUUGUAAAAAAAAGUAUUAAAAAAAGAAAAAUGCAAAAUGAAAAAAUUCUGCAUCUGUGUCUGUAAAUGUGGAAUAGAUAUGGAAUUACACAAAUGAACAUGAUCUUUAAAGAAUAAACUAUGAAAAAUAUCAA